AUGUCCACCACUGCUUCCCCGCAAAAUGGCGCCUCCAAUGGCCCAGAGCACACUCCUGUGCCAACUCCGAAGAAGAAACUCCAAGGACGGCAAUUUUAUGAAAGCAUUGGAAGUCCGAAAUAUGUUGUUGCGCCAAUGGUAGAUCGGUCCGAGUUUGCGUGGCGUAUGCUCACUCGGUCCUUCAUGUCCCCUGACGAAAAGAAACAAAUACUCGCAUAUUCGCCCAUGUAUCACGCACGUCUCUUUGGGGAACAGGCGAAGAUGCGCAGCCAGUUCUUCCAACCCACUCGCGGCUCCGCUGCUGGAGAGGGGAAUCGUGAUGAGAAGCGGAAAGACGAAUUAUAUUUAGACGGCAACCCGCUCUUCGACCGACCUCUAUUCGUCCAAUUCUGUGCGAACGACCCGAACGAGUUCCUCGAGGCUGCGCGCCAUGUGGCACCAUAUUGCGAUGCGGAGGAUUGGGAUCUUAUCUACAGGCUGAUCAACAAACUGCACACUGAACUCUCAGUUCCUGUCACGGCGAAGUUCCGGAUCCAAGAGACUAAGGAGAAGACUUUGGAAUAUGCCAAGAUGAUUCUUUCGGCGGGCGCAAAUAUCAUUACAGUACAUGGACGUCGCCGGGAACAGAAGGGCCACGAAACGGGACUAGCCGACUGGAGCUACAUUCGCUACCUGCGGGAUAACCUUCCGCCUGACACUGUGAUUUUUGCCAAUGGCAACAUCCUCAAUUACGACGACCUCGAGCGCUGCCUCAAAGAAACCGGUGCCGAUGCCGUGAUGAGCGCCGAGGGCAACCUGUCCGACCCGACUAUCUUCAGCAAGCCUCCAGCUGUCGGCAGUGGCGGCCGAGAGUACUGGUGGGGCCGUGAUGGCAAAGGCGGCUACCGCAUCGAUGCCGUUCUGCGACGAUACUAUGACAUUAUCUAUAGACAUGUCCUUGAACAGCCAAUUCCGGAGCGAAAGCCGCUUUUCAUCCCCUCUGAUCCUGUGGAUGAGGCGACCGAGGCACAUGAAUCGGAAGAGGAGGAAGGACCACCCCAGAAGAAGCAGAAGAAGGACAAACACCGGCGGUCAAAUUCACCCAGUCUCAGGUAUGCCCUUGCCCGGUCCAAGGGCGGUGAUAUGCCUGCUUUCGAGCAUGUAUUAACCCUUGUGGAACGGGCAAUCAAAUCGGGACUGCUAGAGUACGAGGCAAAUCCCGAGAAGUUCGAGAGGUCACCGGAUGUCACUUUGACAGGCUCCAAAGCCACUAUCGCAGAGUAUGGCCGGCCGUGGUGGGUUUGCCAGCCGCAUAUCCGGCCCUUGCCCGAAGAGGCUCUUGUGAACGGGGCUCUGACUGCCAAAGGCUCAGUGACCACCGCUAAGGGUCGGAAGGAUGAUGAACCACCUGCGGGCUCCAAAUCCGCAGCUUCUGAGAAACCCUCUACUCCGGCCAAUGGCGGUUCUGAAACCUCGGCCACUCUCACUCCUGAUAAUUUAGUGAGCGGUUAA